GCUGGCCGCCUUUUGCAGCUGCUUGUCAACAAGAUGGCCUUCCUCCCUUCUGUCGUUUUGACACUGAUUAUUUUGGUAUCCCAACGCACAUACCGUAAAAGCUUGUGUCACUUCUAAAUAGAUAGAAGGAGAGGGGCUGUCGAAUCCUAACAAGGUAAACAGUCAGCUAGACUGUGUUCAGAGAACUGACAAGCCUCGAUAGAAGACGCGGCCGCUUAAGAAGGUUGAUAAUAGAAAGUAGCUGCUGUCGACGUUAGCCUGAGCGUGUGCUAGCUUAGCUACGUGGACGCGGAUCGUGAAGUCGUGUCACCUGCAAUUCUCCACACAAACUGGUUUGGCCAGAAGAAAUACUAUGAGGAAAGUCUUUCCAUCGACAGUGUAAGAGCCAAGAUUGUUGCUUGUGAACUUUGAAGACCAGCGUUGUUGAGGUUGCAUGCCUGAUCAUAGGGGAGCUCUGCGGCUACGGUGCCCUAUAGGUCGGCACUGGGAUAGGAGUCUGACCAUGACUGCACUGGUUGUGGGUGCCUGCAGGCCGGCAUAGCUGCUGGAAUGUUCCAGAGGUACGCAUCCUGAUGGACCGAGACACGUUCUCCCACAUCCGUUUGUGGUGCCCACGCCCCUUUGGCACCUACUCACAGAACAAAGCUAGGAGUCCUGGCUCAGGGGGCAAUGUUAUAGCCGUAGGCGGGGCAGGGUCUUCCUCCCUCUGCAAGGGUGAGCCCCCUCCUGGUACCAGGAGGGCGGGAGAUGGAGCAGAAGAUGGAGGGGUUCUAGCGGGUGUGCAGGAGGAUAAUGUAAAGGUGGAGGAUGUGGGCUCUGAGAACACACCACCUGAACCUGAACUUAACUCUAGUUCCCUGAUGCAAAGCCAGCCCACUGUGCCCACAUCAUCCACUUCACCACUCCCAUCAUCUGGGACCCAAAUGGAAGAUGGUCGAGUGCUGUUGGAUACCUGGUAUGUCAUUAAACCAGGAAACACGAAAGAGAAGAUUGCCUUUUUUGUGGCACACCAGUUUAGUGGGACAGGCCAAUCCAGACCAAGCGCCAUGAAGGUUAAAGGUAAUUGGGCAACUGACUGUAGUAAAGCAAAAAGGCGAAGAAGAUGCUCAUCCUAUGACCCACCAAACCGUGUGCAUGCCUCGGAAACGCACCUCAGCCAUGGUUCCUCUGAAGCACCUAAUGCACCUCCUAGCCUUGAUCAACCAGCAGUCGAUGGGGCGAAUGAGACCGACCUGCUGUCAGUGGCUCAGAUGGUCGCCUUGGUUGAGCAGAGGACAGCAAUGGCCCUCCGGAAUAUUGUGGCUGUUCAUGGAAACCAGUACCAGCCCUCUGAUACCAGUCAUGAGCAGGUCCUUACGCCUCACCAGCACACACUACUUCCGGGAACAGAAUCAGACCCCACUCAUGUGGCCUUUGUGUCUGACAGUUCGAAAGGCCAACCUUCCAAAGAAGUCAAGGAAUUACCAUCUCCCAUUCACACGGACCAGGAGCUGGAGGAGCAGCAAGAAUCAUGCCGAGUUGCACAGGCCAUCGCACACUUUGAGUCUCAGAAUCUGGAGAAUCGCCUCCAUAUGGGCGCUGGUUCAUCUAUAGGCUUUUCUAACCGAGACAGGGAUCUGCGAAGAGGAGCAGAAUCCACUCACGUAGCACCUUCUCCACCACCCAACCACAGCCACGGUGAGGUGAGGAUAGCUUUCAGAGUAUCAAAUCUGGACCCACGUUCUCAGCUGGAGCCAGCAGGCCGGUCACGCUGUAUGUUUAUGAGUUGUGGAGGUGGGAGUAGUCAAGCGGCAGCCAGAUCUAAAGAGAAAAUUACCUGUGACCUCUACCAGCUUGUCAGCCCCUCUUUGAGAGACCCCAGUAGCCUGCUGCUUGCUGCCACGACUGCUGCCCCCAAACCAGACGGAGACCUUCAUCACUCUGACAGGCAGACCUGUGGCAGCCCAGAAACAACCCAGGAGCCUUCUUCUGGGGAGAAAAUAUCUGUGAGUGUGGGUAGGGAGCGAGUGACGGGAUUUCAUGUGGAGGUUGUGGUGACAGGUGCUGUGGACCAAUGUGUGUUUUAUGGCAAGGACAGUACAGAGAAUGUUCAGGAGGAGACUGUGUGUUUUGCCAUGCCUGGUGGAGGAGGAAGUGUUGGGGGUGUACCCAGCUCUACUGACCACUCAUCAGAGGAUCCUCCUCCAGGACAGCUCUUUUUCUUUCCACCCCCACGAGUGGCAGAGGAGGAAUCAAAUCCCACAAGUUCUGGCAGAGGAUCAGGAUUAUGCUCUCUGGACUGUGCCAACAGCAGCAGCCCAGGAGCAGGGGUUAUGUGCUCAGGAGAGCAUGCACCUCGACCAGACUCUCCCCUAGCCAAUGUUGGGGAAGACUGUUCAGACCCAUCGCUGUGUCGCCUCUACCGCCAUGUUUCCCAUGAUUUUCUAGAAAUCCGCUUUCAGAUUCAGCGCUUGCUUGAACCUCGCCAGUACAUGCUGCUGCUCCCCGACCACAUAAUGGUCAAUAUCUUUAGUUACCUGCCUACACGCUCCUUGGCAGCCCUCAAGUGCACCUGCCACUACUUCAAGGUGCUGAUCGAGACCUACGGAGUGCGAGCUGUCGACUCUCGUUGGAAUCAAGACCCUCUUUAUCGAGAUGACCCCUGUAAGCAGUGUAAACGCCAGUAUGAGCGUGGGGAUGUUUCGUUGUGCCGAUGGCACCCUAAACCUUACCACCAUGACCUGCCUUAUGGACGUUCCUACUGGAUGUGUUGCCGACGUACAGACAAGGACACACCGGGAUGCCGUGUUGGGCUUCAUGAUAAUAACUGGGUCCAGCAGCCUGCUGAUGGGUCUCAGACCAUCCGAUCCAAGAGGGAGAUCCGACGGGAAGAGGCCAGGUAGAAGAGGAAUAAUAUUGCCUCUCAUCUCUUCUACUUGUCUAGCAUCAUUUCUACUCAAAGGAUGAGCAUGGAAAAGGAUGAAAAAAAGAAAUCACUCCAUGACAUUCUUUAUUCCACCUCGUCUAGUAGUUGCUCUCAACAUUAAGUUGAGCAGUAAAGGAGGAAAGAAGUGUCACUUCAUGCCUUUUUUUUUGUCAAGUCCUACAGAAUUUCUCUCCUUCCACUGUACUCCAGAGAGGCACUUUUUCAAGUGUGCCUACCAGCGCUGGGGUCUCGUCUCGCUGCUGUCUGUUUGCCCUGUUCUCAUGCCUCUUGCGUGUCUGGAUUACUGGUCAACUCCAUACAUCGGAGGUUGUCAGACAUUUCCUGUGACAACUUUGCAGUGUAUUUGAUUGAGAUUAGCAUUAAGUGACAAAUAGAAAUGUAAUGCCCUAGAGCCUGGUUAUAUUCUCAAGACUUGGUCUACGUUCUGUGUUACACCACAAACUUCCAUACGCUCAUUGGGCUCAGUGCAGUUGAUUUAAUAAGUGAACUGUACUGAAUCCAACACGCCAAACUAAUUCAGUGUGGAAUGUUCAGUUGCGAUUGAGAUGUGAUUGUAUGAGGCAAACUUGAUAUUCCAAACUUUAAGAUCUGUCCUGUACCAUGCAUUUCUGUUUCUCUGACUGUGCUGUAUUUAUGUCGAUCAGUCCCCUGAUAAUGCUGCUGAAACCAUUGGCUGUGUCACUGACGUUAUUUCUUUAAUAGCCAUACCAUUGGUUGAUACAGUCUCGCAUACUUUGGUCGUCACCGCCACUCCUCCUCUCCAUAUUGAACCCUACUUUAGUUGACCUGCCUUAAACAGGUGAAACAAAUUACUACUUCUGGGAGAUAUCAUGUAUAGAUUAAGAUCAGUGGGAUAAAAAAGAGAAAUAUUUUUGAUUUGACUGACUUGCUUGUUUGCCUUUUUUAUGGGGGAUGGCUUGUUGGGGUGUCUAAGAAUGUUUGGUGUUCUAUUGUAUUAAACUGUGCUCCCCUUUAUAAACUGGUCCCACUUCCUAUGCCCGGAGAAUGUUUUCGUGUUUUACUUAAUCAUUGUUUAACUUGCCCAUUUUUAUUUUAUUUUUUUCCUCCUCCGUCCUCCAACUCAGUAGAUGGUAGUGUUGGCCAACGCCGCCAAUGCUCUGAUUGUUAAAUCAACUAUCACAGACCGCAGAAACUCUACACUAGCCUCCAGCCUUAAAUUCCCCCUACCUCUAUUCCCCUGCAGGAAAUUGAGGCAUGAGAUACCUCACAAGACGGUCAAGAGUAUUGGGUGUUGCACCGAACCCUUUUUUAAGAGGCCUGAUAAACUCUUCAAAUGAAAAUAGUCCUCCGCUCUUCCUUCAGCUUCCCCCCCUGCUUUUUGACCACCCCAUCCCAACAAGCUGACUGACUGGACAUUAUAGUGAUGCUGAAACUGCAUGAAGGUGGGACAAUGGUUGGGUAGACAUGGGAGAGACCUGUCGUUUCCAGAUAUGUACAACUCUACUGGGAAAUAUUGGCUUAAAUAUAAAAGAAGUGAUGAUUAAAACUGGAAAUCAAACAUU